CUCCUUGGCUUCUGCUUGGAAGGAAAGGAAAGACUUCUCAUCUAUGAAUUUGUGCCAAAUUCUAGCCUUGAUCAAUUCAUAUUUGGUAUGUACUUGUUUCAUCUCUCUUUGAGUUCAAAUUUCGAAUUUUGUUCAAAAGUAAUUUCAUUUGAGUUUGCAUAUUUUGAAGGAGUUGCACCUCUGAUGGUCGAGAAAAGGACUUGCAACUCUAUGUCCUCUUUUUCCACUCUGUUUUAUAUACAGGGUCCUUGUUUUGUUUUAGUAAUUUGCAUACUCACAUGAACUAUGAAUAUAUAGAUCCAAUCAAGCGUGCACAAUUAUAUUGGGAAAGACGUUAUGGAAUCAUUUUAGGCAUUGUUCGUGGUCUUCUUUACCUCCACGAGAACUCUCGUCUUCGAAUUAUUCAUCGUGAUCUCAAAGCAAGUAACAUUUUGUUAGAUGAAGAUAUGAAUGCUAAAAUUGCAGAUUUUGGCAUGGCAAGAUUAUUUGGAAGAGAUGAAACACAAGGCAACACUAGUAGAAUUGUGGGAACUUAGUAAGUAUAUCAAUGAAAAAUAGUAAAACUGAUUUUUUUUUCUCUUAUACACACUGGAUACAUGGCUCCAGAAUAUGUAGUGCGUGGACAGUUUUCAGUAAAAUCAGACGUUUUCAGUUUUGGUGUAUUAUUACUGGAAAUUGUUAGUGGUCGGAGAAAUAGUUGGUUUCAAAAUGAGGAUGUAGAGGAUCUACUAAGCUGUGUAAGUUUGAAAAUCUAACUUAUGUUUUUCUGUUGUUAAAAUAAUAGUUCGAGUAUUGGCUAGAUCUCAUUCCAAUGUUGUAUUCGGGUGCACAUUUUUAACUUUUUCCAGGCAUGGAGAAACUGGAACGAAGGGACAGCUUUAAAUUUCAUCGAUCCAACUUUAAGGAAUGAUUCGAGGACGAAUCAAAUGAUGACUUGCAUCCACAUUGGAUUGUUGUGCGUUCAAGAAAAUGUUGCAUA